AUGGCCGAUUCGAAUGAUACUCAUGCUCCACCGGAGCCGGUGCUCGAAGUUCCACCACCACAGGAGAUUCGAAUUUUAGAGACAGCGGACGACAUCCAACAGCGUCGUCAGGAAGUGCUGGGACACUAUUCGCUGUUCAAGGAUCAUUCGCAGACCAAGAGGGAUCGUCUCGAGGAGGCUCGUCAGUUUCAAUACUUCAAAAGAGAUGCUGAUGAGUUGAAUGUUUGGAUUCUCGAGAAGCUUCAGACAGCCCAAGAGGAGAACUUCAGAGAUCCUAGCAAUCUUCAGGCCAAGAUUCAAAAGCAUGAAGCGUUCGAAGCUGAGGUGCAGGCUCACGCCAAGACCAUUGCCAACCUCGAUAAGACCGGAAACGCCAUGAUCCAACAUAAUCAUUUCGCAAGCGAUCACAUCAAGAGACGUUUGGAAGAGUUGCACGCUUUAUGGGACAAGCUCUUCUUCAAACUGAAGGACAAGGGAAUUAAGCUACAACAAGCUCUUAAACUUUUGCAUUUUAUUCGUCAAUGCGACGAAGUUCUCUACUGGAUUCGAGAGAAAGAAACCUAUGUCACCGCAGAAGACAUGGGAAUGGAUCUCGAGCACGUUGAGAUCCUUCAACGCAAAUUUGACGACUUUUUGAAAGAACUCAACAACCAUCAAUAUAGAAUUAAUGAAAUUAACGGUGCCGCUGAUAAGCUCGUCGAGGAGGGACACUCCGAGCAUGAUCAGAUUUACAAGAAACGUGACGAUGUCAACGACGCCUGGCACCGUUUGAAUACCCUUGCCGUCACCCGCAAGGAAGGACUUUUUGGAGCUCAUCAGGUACAAAGAUUCAACCGUGAUGCCGAUGAGACUCUAGCAUGGAUUGGAGAGAAGGACUUGGCUUUGUCAAGUGACGACUAUGGAAGAGACCUCAACAACGUUCAAGCCCUUCAACGUAAGCACGAGGGAACCGAACGUGAUCUUGCUGCUUUGGAAGGAAAGAUGCUUCAGCUCGAGAAGGAAGCUGUCAAGCUUGCCGAGACUCAUCCAGACCGUGGAGAGGCUAUCCACCAGAAGAAUGAUAGCACCAGAUCAGCGUGGAAUGCACUCAAGAACAAAGCACAGCACCGUAAGGAUGGUCUCGAGAGAAGCUUCCAACUUCACCGCUUCCUCGCUGACUAUCGUGACUUGAUCAGUUGGAUUGGAGACAUGAAGGCUGUCAUUGGAGCCGAUGAGUUGGCCAAGGACGUCGCCGGAGCUGAAGCCCUCCUUGAAAGCCAUCAGGAGCACAAGGGAGAAAUCGAUGCUCGUGCUGAUUCCUUCAACCAGACUGCUGCUGCUGGACAGAAGCUUGUCGAGAUGGGAAUUCCAGAAAGCCCAGAAGUGAGAGAGAAACUUGAGAAGCUCGAAGCUGAGAAGUCUUCUCUUCUUGGAUUGUGGGAGGAACGCCGCAUUCUCUACGAGCAAUGCAUGGACCUUCAACUGUUCUACCGUGACACCGAGCAAGCCGAGACUUGGAUGAACAAGCAGGAAGCCUUCCUUGCUAACACUGACUUGGGAGACUCAUUGGACUCUGUCGAGCAUCUCAUCAAGAAACACGAGGACUUUGAGAAGUCUCUUGCUGCUCAAGAGGAGAAGAUCAACGCUCUUGAUGAAUUUGCUACAAAGCUCAUUCAAGGACAACACUACGCCGCUGAUGAUGUCGCUAAGAGACGUCAGGCCCUUCUUGACCGCCGUCGUCGUCUUCUCGACAGAGCUCGUCAACGUGGAAAUGCUCUCAAAGAAAGCUACAAGCGUCAGACCUUCGACCGUGACUGCGACGAGAUGGUCAGCUGGAUCACCGAGAAGCUCUCGACCGCUCGUGACGAUUCUUAUUUGGACCCAACAAACAUUCGUGGAAAGCUCCAGAAGCAUAUCAACUUCGAGCAAGAGCUCAGAGCUAAUGAGAACCGUCUUGAUGACAUUCGCUCUACUGGAGAACAGAUCAUUGAGAGUGGACACUUUGCCGCUGACCAUGUAAGUUUGAAUUUUUUUCUUUUAGAAAUUAGUAUCGGUGACCGUCUUCGCCAAGUGAACAACCUCUGGAAUGAGUUGGUCGAUGCCACUAAUAAGAAGGGAGCCAAACUCCGUGAAGCUGGAAACGAGCAACAAUUCAACCGCAACAUUGAGGAUGUUGAGUUGUGGCUCAGCGAGCUUGAAGGACAAGUUGCUUCGGAGGACUAUGGAAAGGACUUGGUGUCGGUUCAAAACCUGCAGAAGAAGAUUGGACUCCUCGAGUCUGAUUUCAACGCUCACAACGAUCGUGUUGACGGAAUCAGGAACCUCGCUCAACAAUUCCAUCAGGAGGAACACUUCAACGCUCCAGUCAUCAUUCGCAAGCAGGAGGCUCUCCAACAACGCUACAAUGCUCUGCGUGAUCCACUCGAGAAGAGAAAGAGAAAGCUUGGAGAAUCUCUUCAAGGUAACCAACUCUUCCGUGACAUCGAAGACGAGUUGGCUUGGAUUCGUGAGAAGGAGCAGGUUGCUGGAUCGACCAACCGUGGACGUGACUUGAUCGGAGUUCAAAACUUGAUCAAAAAACAACAGGCUCUGAUCGCUGAGAUUGCCAACCAUGACAGCCAAAUCGAGAGCGUUAGCAGCGCUGCCAAUGAUAUGAUCCAACAAGGUCACUUCUUGGCUCCAGAAAUCCGUGACAAGCUUGCUCAACUCCGCGACAACUGGAGAAUCCUCAAGAGCAAGGCUGAAAAGAGACGUGGAGAACUCGAUGACUCCCUUCAAGCCCAUCAAUACUUGUCUGAUGCCAACGAGGCUGACGCUUGGAUGAGUGAGAAGGAACCAAUCGUUGGAUCCACCGACUAUGGAAAGGAUGAAGACUCGGCUGAGGCCCUUCUCAAGAAGCACCGUGCUCUGUUGUCUGACUUGGAAGCUUUCAAGGGAACCAUUGAGGAUCUUCGUAAGCAAGCUUCUCAAUGCAAGUACCAGGAGCAACCAAUGGGACAGUUGGGACGUGACUGUGUCUUGGCUUUGUACGACUACCAGGAGAAAUCUCCACGUGAGGUUUCCAUGAAGAAGGGAGACGUUCUCACUCUUCUCAACGCUAGCAACAAGGACUGGUGGAAGGUUGAGGUCAACGAUCGUCAAGGAUUCGUUCCAGCUGCUUAUGUGAAGAGAAUCGAGCCAGGAACUGCUCAACAACAUGCUCAACAACAGGUAUAUAUACAACAGGUUCAAAUUUCAGUCAACUCCAUCGGAGGAAAACAAUCUGAAAUCGAGGACAAGUACCAACGUCUUAUGAUGCUCGGAGAGACCAGAAAGCGCAAGCUCGAGGAAGCCUGCAAGGGAUACCAACUUCUUCGUGAGGCCAACGAUCUUGCUGAAUGGAUCAAGAGCCGCGAGGCUGUUGCCGCUCAACAAGAAAUUGGUACUGAUCUCGAGCAAGUCGAGGUGCUCCAAAAGAAGUUUGAUGACUUCAAGGGAGAUCUCAAGGCUAAUGAGGUCCGUCUCCAAGAGAUGAACCAAAUUGCCACCGCUCUCACUUCUGUUGGACAAACCGAGACCGCUGUCCGCAUUCGUCAACAAAUCGAAGACCUUAAUGCCAGAUGGCGUGCAUUGGAGGAGCAAACCGAGCAACGUGAGCAACAACUCGGAUCUGCCCACGAAGUCCAACGCUUCCACCGUGAUGUCGAUGAGACUCGUGACUGGAUACAAGAGAAGGAUGAUGCCCUUGACAGCGAGGACUUUGGACGUGACCUCCGUUCCGUUCAGGCUCUCCAGCGUAAGCAUGAAGGAGUCGAGCGUGAUUUGGCUGCUCUCGGAGACAAGAUCAAGUCUUUGGAUGAGAAGGCCAAUCGUCUUCGCCAAUCCCACCCAGAAGCCGCCGAGCAGAUCUAUGAUUUGCAACGUGAGCUCAAUGAGCAAUGGAACCGCCUUACCUCUAAGGCCAACAACCGCAAGGAGAAGCUUCUCGAUUCGUAUGACUACCAACGCUUCUUGUCUGAUUACCGUGACUUGAUGCAAUGGAUUGCUUCCAUGAACCAACUCGUUAGCAGUCAAGAACUAGCCAAUGACGUUACUGGAGCCGAAGCACUUCUCGAACGUCAUCAAGAGUACCGUACCGAGAUUGACUCCCGUGCAGCUACCUUCCAAGCUUUCGACCAAUUUGGAAACCAACUUCUUAACAGCCACCACUACGCUGCAGGUGACAUUGAGAACCGUCUUCAAGGUGUCAACGAGGCUCGCAAGGGACUUGAGGACGCCUGGGUUGCUCGUCGUAACAUCCUCGACCAAUGCUUGGAGCUGCAACUCUUCUACCGUGAUUGCGAGCAAGCUGAUACCUGGAUGUCUGCUCGUGAAGCUUUCUUGGCUCAAGAAGACCCAUCUGGAGACAAUGUUGAGUCUUUGAUCAAGAAGCACGAGGACUUCGACAAGGCCAUCAACACUCAAGAGGAGAAGAUCAAGGGAUUGAAACUGUUCGCUGAGUCGCUCAUCAAGAAUAACCACUACGACUCACCAGCUGUCACUCGCAAGCGUGAUCAAAUCCUUGAUAGAUGGAAUGGACUCAAGGAGGCUCUCAUUCAGAAGAGAUCCAAGCUUGGAGAGUCUCAAACUCUUCAACAAUUCAGUCGUGAUGCUGAUGAGAUCGAGAACUGGAUGACCGAGAAGUUCCAAAUUGCUCAAGAGGAGAACUACCGCGACCCAACCAACAUCCAACAGAAACACCAGAAGCAACAAGCCUUCGAAGCAGAGCUCCACGCCAACUCGGACAGAAUCGCCGCUAUCAUCCAAGCUGGAAACAACCUUAUUGAGAAUGCCAAGUGUGGAGGUGGUGAAGCUGCUGUCAGUGCUCGUCUGAAGGCCCUCAACGAUCAAUGGGACCUUCUUGUCAAGACCACCACCGAGAAGAGUUACCGCCUCAAGGAAGCCAACAAGCAAAAGAGUUUCAUGGCUGCUGUCAAGGACCUCGAGUUCUGGUUGGGAGAAGUUGAGAUUCUACUUCAAUCUGCGGACUAUGGAAAGGACUUGGCUUCAGUCGAGAACCUUCUCAAGAAGCAUUCCCUUCUUGAAGCUGACAUCACCGCUCAUCAAGAUCGUGUCGGAGAAAUGAACGAGCAAGCUGACUCCCUCCUUGAAAAUGACCAAUUCCAAGGACAACAAAUUGCUGAGAGAAGAAAGUUGAUUGCUGACCGUUACGACGGAGUGAAGAAGAUGGCUGCCGAUCGUCGGGACAAGUUGAGCAAGGCUCUCAAUGUUCAUCAAUUCUUCCGUGAUAUUGAUGAUGAGGAGUCAUGGAUCAAGGAGAAAAAGCUUCUUGUUUCUUCUGAUGACUACGGACGUGAUCUUCCUGGAGUUCAAAACCUCCGCCGCAAGCAUCGUCGUAUUGACACCGAAUUGGCUUCUCACGAGCCACAAGUUUCUCUUGUCAAGCUGAAGGGAGAGGAACUAUUGAGAUCCGCUGCUGAAGCUGGAGUUGGAGAAGAUCAAAUCAAGAAGCGUAUGGAAGAUUUGGAACAAAGCUGGGGACAAAUCCGUGAUCUCACUGGAAACCGUCACCAACGUCUUGAUGAGUCCGAGGCCUUCCAAGCGUUUUUGGGAGAUGUCGAAGAGGAGGAAGCAUGGAUGAACGAGAAGCAACAAAUCUUGGGAUCCGACAACUUUGGAGACAACAUGGCCGGAGUUCAAGGACUUCUCAAGAAACACGACACCUUCCAAGUCGAUUUGGAGCUUCACAAGCAACGUGUUGCUGACUUGAUUGGCAAGGGGGACGAUCUCAUCCAGAAUGGAAAUCAUCACGCUCCACACAUCAGACAAAGAUGCGAUCAACUCCGGGCUCGUCUCGUUGAGAUUGAGAGCAUGGCCGAGAAACGUCUUGCCAAGCUUCGCGACAACUCUGCUUACCUUCAAUUCAUGUGGAAGUGCGACGUCGUUGAGUCGUGGAUCGCCGAGAAGGAGCAACAAGUCCGCUCCGAGGAUUUCGGAAGAGAUCUCUCAUCCGUCCAGAUCCUUCUCACCAAGCAAGAAGCCUUCGACGCUGGUCUCAAUGCUUUUGAGCACGAGGGAAUUCAGAGAAUCACCGAGCUCAAGGACCAACUUGUCCACAGCUCCCACCAACAAUCCCCAGCUAUCGAGAAACGCCAUACCAAUGUUAUCCAACGCUGGCAAAACCUUCUCUCCCAUUCCGAGGCCCGCCGCCAGAAGUUGUUGAAGAUGCAACAGCAAUUCAAGCAAAUCGAGGAGCUCUACUUGGCAUUCGCCAAGAAGGCAUCCACCUUCAACUCGUGGUUUGAGAACGCUGAGGAGGACUUGACCGAUCCAGUCCGAUGCAACUCUUUGGAAGAGAUCCGUGCUUUGCGCGACGCCCAUGCUGAGUUCCAGCGCUCAUUGUCCUCCGCUGAAGAGGACUUCCGCCAACUCCAAGAUCUUGAUCGUCGGAUCAAGUCGUUCAAUGUGGGUCCAAACCCUUACACAUGGUUCACCAUGGAUGCCCUCGAAGACACGUGGCGCAAUCUGCAGAGAAUCAUCAAAGAGCGCGAGCAGGAGCUUGCCAAAGAGCAUCAAAGACAGGAGGAGAACGACAAACUUCGACGCGAGUUCGCCAAGUUGGCCAAUGCUUUCCACACCUGGUUGACAAACACAAGACAAGAGGUUUGUACUGCAAGUAUGAUGGAAGCCGGAGGUACCCUAGAAGAACAAUUGGAUGCAGUUGAGAAGAAAGCCAAGGAAAUCAAGGCAAACAAAGUUCAGCUGCGACAGAUUGAAGACAAGGGAGCAAUGUUAGAAAGAAACCUUAUCCUGGACAAUAGGUACACUGAACAUUCGACAGUCGGUAUUGCACAAGCAUGGGACCAGUUAGAUCAGUUGGCAAUGCGAAUGCAGCACAAUUUAGAACAACAGAUCCAAGCCAGAAACCAAUCAGGAGUCACAGAAGAAGCCCUCAGAGAAUUCUCAAUGAUGUUCAAACAUUUCGACAAGGAGAAGACUGGAAGACUCGACCACCAACAAUUCAAGAGCUGUCUGCGAGCGCUUGGAUACGAUCUGCCGAUGGUGGACGAAGGACAGCCAGAACCAGAGUUCCAGAGAAUUCUGGAUAUUGUCGACCCGAACAGAGAUGGUUAUGUGACUCUGCAAGAGUACAUGGCAUUCAUGAUCAGCAAGGAAACCGAGAACAUUCAAUCGUCGGAGGAAAUCGAGAUGGCAUUCAGAGCGCUCUCGAAGGAAUUCCGACCAUAUGUCACGGCAGAGGAGCUCUACGCGGUAAGCACUUAUUUUCAUAGGAUCGUUUCAAUUGUUAUUUUUCAGAACCUAACACCGGAACAAGCCGAAUUCUGCAUAAAGCGAAUGAAGCCGUACACGGACACUAUUUCGGGACGUGCCAUCCAAGGAGGUCUCGACUACGAGCAAUUCGUGCACGCCUUGUUCCAGAGCUAA